AUGAAUUCCGCAGAAGAAUUAGAAAAGGAUAAAUUAAAUUCUUUCCCAAUAAUCAAUUUUCCGCCAAAGGUUAAUUCACAAACUAUUAUUCAGCAGUUUUCUCAUUUGAACAAGGAGGAAUUAUCCCAAAAAAACAUCUCCAUAACGAUAGCGGGGCGAAUAAUAAAUAGAAUAAGAAGUUUUGGCAAGUUAGUUUUCACUGAUUUAGCCGACCAAAGCGGGACUAUCCAAUUAAAAGUGUUUCAAAAUGAAAGUUUUACCGAAGUAGGGGUAGGGGACAUUAUUUGGGUAACCGGAAUAGUUUGCAAAACUGAUAAGCAAAAUGAACAAGUGAAUAAGCACGAAUUAACUAUAAAAGUAGAAAAAUUUUCUCUUCUUACGAAAUGUCAACAAACGCUCCCCGACACCGCUCACUUUAAAUUUAAAAAUACUGAGGAAAGAUUUCGUAAAAGAUACCUAGAUUUAUUAGUAAAUACCAAAAAUAGACAAAUACUUAUUAAAAGGCAUGAAGUAAUUAAAGCAAUUAGAAAGUUUUUAGACCAAAAGGAAUUUAUUGAAAUAGAAACUCCUAUUUUGGUUUCAGCAGCCUCCGGAGCCCAAGCCAAACCUUUUAUUACCCGUCAUAAUAAAUUGCAUAGGGAUUUUUAUUUGCGAAUUGCCACCGAAAUUCCGCUAAAAAAAUUACUGGUUAGCGGAUUUGAAAAAAUUUAUGAAAUUGGUCGAAUAUUCCGCAAUGAAGGUAUAGAUGCUCGGCAUAACCCCGAAUUUACCACUAUUGAA